AUGCAAGCACCUGUGAUGGGUCGAGUGAAAGUACCACUUAACAAGAAAAUCGAAAUUAAAACAUUAUUGGAAUUUGGGAUAGCUCAACGUCGUAUUGCUACUGAUCUUGAUGUUUUAAAAAAAAUGUGCUUACAACGUCUCAAAGAAGCUCAAGGAAAAUUUAUCUGUGUCAAAUGCACCUGGUCAAGAACACCUGCUCACAAGAAACAACGAUUUUUGUUUGCACGUGAACAUCAAUAUUGGUCUCAGGAAUGGAAUAACAUUAUUUGGAGUGACGAGGCACACUUUGAAGUGCUAAACAGAAAGAAUCGUACAUUCGUUCGUCGUCUACGAUCAGAAGCUGAUCAACCCUUCAAUUUUGUUCCAAAGGUGCAAGAUGGCGGAGGUAGCAUUAGCGUCUGGGAGUGUAUGGCAAGUGGUGCUAGAGGUCCAUUAGUCACAUAUUCUGGUAAAGUUGAUGGACGCGCAUAUGUUAAGAUCAUCGAAGAAGCCUUACCAUCGUUUAUUGAAAACGCAUUCGACUCAUCCAACAAAAAUUGGAUGUUCAUGCGUGACAAUGCACCGCCGCAUCGAUCUAAAUAUACCAUGAAAUGGCUUCAAGAUAAAGGUAUUAAAGUUAUGGAAUGGCCAGUGACAUCGCCCCGAUCGUAA